AUGGCUGAGAGAGGCAGUGCAGAAGAGAUGACUGGGAGGGAUGUCAUCAAUGGAAGUGACGUCACAAGUGGUGAUGAUGUCACGCCUUCCCCUUGGUCUGAAGGGGAAGCAGAUGCCACUGGUGGAGAGGCCAGAGGCUGCCCAUCCCAACCAAAGCAGAAGGAAGUGCUCCACCGGCAGAGGCCAGAGGCUGCCCAUUCCCGAACCCAAAUAAAAGCAGAAGAAGUGCCAAAACCAGCAGAGGCCAGAGGCUGCCCAUCCCAACCAAAGCAGGUGGAAGUGCUCACGGAAACAAGAGCAAGAGCCGAGCUGCCCAUCCCAACCAAAGCAGGUGGAAUGGCUCCACCGACGAGGCCGGAAGGCUGCCCAUCCCAACCCCCAAAGAAGGUCAAGUGCUCCACCGGACCAGAGGCCGGAGGCUUGCCCAUUCCCAACCAAAGGAAAGCAGGAAGGAAGUGCUCCACCGACAGAGGCCCAGUGGUAAAGUGCUCCACGCCACCAGAGGCCCGGAGGCUGCCCAUCCCACUAAAGGCCCAGGUGGAAGUGCUCCACCGCCAGAGGCCAAUUCUUCCCAUCCCAACCAAAGCAGGUGGAAUGCUCCACGACCAGGUGGCCAAAGAAGGUGUCCACCGGCAGAGGCCAGAUGCUGCCCAUCCCAACCAAAGCAGGUGGAAGUGCUCCACCGACAGAGGCCAGAGGCUGCCCAUCCCAACCAAAGCAGGAGGAAGUGCUCCCACCGCGAGGCCGGAGGCUGCCCAUCCCAACCAAAGCAGGAGGAAGUGCUCCACCGGCAGAGGCCAGAUGCUGCCCAUCCCAACCAAAGCAGGAGGAAGUGCUCCACCGACAGAGGCCGGAGGCUGCCCAUCCCAACCAAAGCAGGUGGAAGUGCUCCACCUAGCAGGCAGAUGCUGCAUCCCAACCAGCGGGGAAAGUGCCUUCCACCGCAGAGGCCAGAGGCUGCCCAUCCCAACCAAAGCAGGUGAAUUCUCCACCGACAGAGCCGGAGGCUGCCCAUACCCAACCAAAGCAUGUGGAAGUGCUCCACCGACGAGUCAGUAUGCUGCCCAUCCCAUCCAAAUGCAGGUGGAAGGCUCCACCGACAGAGGCCAGAUGCUGCCCAUACCACAACCAAAGGCAAGGUUGAAGUUCUCCAACGACAGAAGGCCAGAGGCCAGGCCCGAUCCAACACCAAAGCAGAGGAAGUGCUCGCACCAGGCCAGAGGCCCGGAGGCUGGCCAUUCCCAACAAAAUGCCAGGAGGAAGUGCUCCCAACCUAAGCAGAGUGGCCAGGGAUGCUGCCCAUUCCCAACCAAAGCAGGAGGAGUGUGCGCCACCGACCCAGAGGCCGGAAGGCUGUGCCCCAUCCAACCAAGGCCAGGAGGAAGUUGCUCCACUAGCAGAGGCCCAAUCUGCCCAGCCCAACCAAACCCAAGGUGCCAAAAGUGCUCCACCAGGCAGGGCCAUAAGGCUGCCCAUGCCCAACCAAAGCCCCCGGGUGGAAUUGGCUCCACCGGCAUAGGCCCAAGGAUGGCUGCUUCAUCCAACAAAGGCCCCUAG